CUUCAACUAUACAACAACUGGCAAGUCAGAAUCAGGAGUCAGGACAACAAUUAAGACAACAGGCAGUAAGCACAGAAGUAACCCCGAAGUGCAAAGUACGGAGAGGUGGAAUGGAAAAGA